AUGCGAACCUCUCUUCACUUGUCAUCCACCUCCACCUCCACCACCACCGCCACCAACCUAAAUCCUAAAGCUAUAUCUACGGUAACAGGUCAUCCUAUCCAUGCCAAUCCCUCCACAGAAACACAAAGACUUCCCGCAAAAACAAUUGCACCACCACCAAAGGCGCAGUCGCGGCUACGUCCAACAAUUGAACCAGUUCUAUUUCCCGACUCGAUAUCAGUUUCGCAAGAAAAGCAGCAAAAUCUAUUCCAAAAGCUUGCAGUCUCGGCACUGGACCCAAUAGAGGUCUCACUCAUUGUAUCCCUAGAGAGACGACGUAUUUUGCCCAAAACAGUCGACCCGGAAGUUCAGUUAUUAGGCAACUUCGCUCCAGUUCAGGAGUGUCCGGUUCGACACGGGUUAGAAGUGGUGGGCCAUGUAUCGGAUUGCUUACAUGGCAUUUACUUACGUAACGGCGCUAAUCCUAUGUUUGAGCCCACAGGUGGGCACCACUUAUCUGACGGUGACGGUAUGAUUCACGCCAUUAAGUUAGGAUCUGGAAAUCAAGCCAGUUAUUGCUGUAGAUACACCCGCACUAGCCGGCUAGCACAACAAGCCGCAUUGGGGAGGCAAGUGUUUCCAAAAUUGAUCGGUGAAUUGAAUGGGUGGCUGGGUUUGGCUAGGCUUAUGCUGUUUGUGACUCGAGGUGGAGUCGGUUUCAUUGAUGAAUCAAGAGGUAUAGGUCUAGCCAAUGUCGGUCUGAUUUAUUUUAAUGGUCGAUUAUUGGCUUUAUCAGAGGAUGAUCUUCCGUACCAUGUGAAGAUCAACGGUGAUGGAGAUCUUGAAACGAUCGGGCAAUUUAGCUUCUCGGGUCAACUUGAAUCCUCUAUGACUUCACUCCCGAAAGUGGAUCCUAAAAUGGGUGACCUUUAA